CCGGAGGCGUUCAGGCGGGUGGAUGCUGGGCCGGGGGCGCUGGGCAGGGCCCGGAACCGGCUCAGCCUUGGAAGCCAGGCCCGUUCCCGGCGCGGUGCCCGCCGCAGCUCAAGCUCUCAAAAGAUGGCAGAAAGCUGGUCUUUCUUGGAUACUUUUGAGCCUAACUUCAGGCCUCUGGUAGUAAUUGAGCUUGCAAAAGGCACCAAAGAGGAAACUAUAGAAUGGUUCACUAAACGAAUUGUGGACAAAAAAGCAAAUGGAGGUGCACAACUGCUGGUUAAACCGUUGGUCACAGAAAAUGGAGAUGAAACUAUCUAUCUAGUUGGAGCUUCCCACUUAAGGCUGUUGCUGGGAGCUGAAACUGUGGGUUUGGUGAAAGAAUGUAAUGAUAACUCAAUGAGAACUUUUACAUACAGCAGUAGAAAAACUUUUAAAGAUUUUGCAGAUGACAAUCACAAUUUCCUUACAAUGGCAGAAUGUCAGUAUAUCAUCAAACAUGAACUCGAAAAUUUGAGAGCUAAAGAUGAAAAAAUCAUCCCUGGAUAUCCUCAGGCAAAGCUGUAUCCAGGAAAAUCAAUUGUGAGAAGAUUAUUGACGAGUGGUAUUCUAGUUCAGAUUUUCCCGCUGCAUGAUAGAGAAGAGUUGAAAAAGCUCCGUCACAGCUGGUAUGGCCGAGUGAAAGUUGGCUAUCAACCUUUAGAUGAGAUACGCUGCUACUUUGGUGAAACUAUUGCUCUCUACUUCGGCUUCUUAGAGUACUUCACAUUUGCUUUGAUUCCAAUGGCUGUCAUUGGGAUUCCUUAUUACAUGUUUGCAUGGGAAGACUAUGACAAAUAUGUGAUGUUUGCCACAUUCAAUCUGCUCUGGUCCACUGUGAUACUGGAAGUUUGGAAGCGGAUUUGCGCCAUCGUGACAUACCGUUGGGGGACACUGUUGAUGAAACGACAUUUUGAAGAACCAAGACCAGGCUUCCAUGGUGUCCUGGGUAUCAAUCCCGUCACUGGGAGAGAGGAACCAGUGUACUCGAGUAUUAAGAGACAGAUACGGAUUUAUCUGGUGUCCUUACCAUUUGUGUGCCUUUGCCUCUACUUCUCACUGUACGUGAUGAUGAUUUACUUUGACUUGGAACAGUGGGCUCUGGAUUAUCAUGAAGAGAAUGAGUCUAACUUCAGCAGCUUGAUGCUGUUUGUGCCCAGUAUCAUAUAUGCUGUUGUGAUUGAAAUUAUGAACCGUAUCUAUCGCUAUGCUGCUGAAUUCUUAACCUCAUGGGAAAAUCACAGGCUGGAAUCUUCAUACCAGAAUCAUUUAAUUCUGAAGGUUUUAGUGUUCAACUUCUUAAAUUGUUUUGCAUCUCUCUUCUACAUUGCCUUUGUGCUGUUUGAUAUGAAGCUUUUGAGGCAGAGCUUGGCCACUUUGCUGAUAACUUCGCAGAUCCUCAAUCAGUUUGCAGAAUCCUUGCUUCCUUACUGGCUCCAAAAGAGACAGAAGAAGAGGAUGAAGAAACGCAUGUGUUCUCUGAAAACAGAUACGGACCUGUCAUUAGUCGAGCAAGUCAACGUGGAGAGAGAAAUGGGCACCUAUUUUGGUACUUUUGAUGAUUACCUGGAGUUGUUCUUACAGUUUGGCUAUGUGAGUCUUUUCUCAUGUGUUUAUCCACUGGCAGCUGUCUUUGCGGUAUUAAACAACAUCACAGAGAUAUAUUCUGAUGCCUUAAAGAUGUGUAGAGUUUACAAGCGUCCAUUUGCAGAACCCACAGCAAGUAUUGGUGUUUGGCAGUUGGCUUUUGAAACUAUGAGUGUAAUAUCAGUAGUCACUAAUUGCAUACUGAUUGGAAUGUCUCCACAAGUGAAUGCCCUUUUUCCAGACUCAAAAAUGGACCUUAUUCUAACUGUGGCAUUGGUAGAGCACUUGCUACUAGCAAUAAAGUUUGUCAUGGCAUUUGUAAUUCCGGAUAAACCGAGAGAUAUCCAGAUAAAACUAGCCAAAUUGGAAUUUGAAUCUCUAGAGGCUCUCAAACAACAGCAAAUGAAGCUUGCCGCUGAGUCACUGAAGGAGUAAACAUGAAGGAAUGAGGAUGACUAAAGCAGUCACAUGCGAAUGCGGGCACUUAUCGAGCAUUUGUUUACGCUGAUGUGUAGCUCUCGGAGUGUGCACUCUACCAUCUCUUCAGUAGGUGGCACCUGCUUAUAUCAUACUUGGUCAAUAUUCUCUGCCUGACGCUGCAAAAAAAGAUCUUUUCUCCUGUUCUCUUUGGUUUUUUAUAUGCAAUUGGUUAACACCAAAUAAAAGUACUCCAGCCUAUGCUAGGUCUGGUUGAAAUCUGCCAGACCCACUGUGCUUCAAGGGAUUGAAACCGGAUUCUGUGAGUAAGCAUCCAGAGCUAACUAGAAUUUUCAACUGUAACUUUGUAAAAGAAAAAAAAAAAGGAAGGUAGACUGGUAUUUAAUUCACAGUAUACUAUCCCUUUGGGGUUAUUGCCACUUUUGUUUCCUUUAUUACAAUAGCUAAUCAAGCCUGUAUUAUUUCAAAGAGUGCUUAUGAGCUACUGUUUGCACAUAGCAAAAUAAAUACAUAUUUUAUACAUUGCAUAAUGAAAUACAUGAUUGUUCCCUACAUGAUCUGAGAAAUAUUUGAACAUAAAUAUUAUAAAGUAUGCAUUAUAUACUCCUGUGUGCUAGUUAUCUAAAUAAGCCCUAGCUGAAAUCUUUUCAAAAGCUGGGUGAAAAGCAUUCAGUAGGAAACAGAUUGCUGAUCAGUAAUUUAUGAAGUGUAUUUAUUGUUUAAUUUACAUUACACUUUGGUAUCACUUCCCUGGAUUUUAAAAUUUCAGUAUUGUAUGAAUGGAUCUUCUGGUUAAAUGAACUAAUAGUAACAGCUCAAUUAAACAUGAUCCUUGAUACACCAGUCCUUGUGUAUGUAGUAAAUACCUGAUUUUUUUUUUCUUGCAUUUCUCAAAAAGAUAGUUUUCCUAAUGUUUCAUUGUUUUCUGACAGUAAUAGGACCAAAAUCAACAGUGUUUGCUCCUGUGACCUUGAGAGAGUUUAUUUUUUCCUGCUGUGACCUUCACCUUUGGUAGAUGUAACUAUUUGGGAUACUUGCUGGAAUUCUGUUUGGAAAAUUUCUGCUGUUACAGUAAUUAAGGUAUUUGCCUACUUUGCACAGUUCAGAUUUCUGCCACAGGCCCCCCCGCAGCAGAGUAAUAUAACUAAACCAAAAUAAUGUAUUCUGUCUGGAAUUUAAAAUUAGCAUUUCUCAAACCCUGCAAGCAUGACCCAGUAAAAAGAACCGACUCGGUUCCCUUGGGAAGAGGAGCAAAACCGUGCUGCAGCUGCUGUCUCUGUUCUUGCUUCUCCCACCGCGCAUCCCCCCCAUGCUGCUGCUAUUUCAGGGGUAUCUCACGGGCUGCUGCUGUUUCACAGCCUGUUCCUGAAGCCGUGGCAGGGUCGUGGCUGCCCCGAGCAACCAGCCAGGAUCUCGGGGCGGGGGGGCGUGUGUCCCCCCUCCCUAGAGCACUGUAGAGAUCCCAAAACCAGAGCUUUUUUGAGGAGAGGAUCAGUGUGUUCUCCAUCAAGCUCCCCAGCUUUGCAGUUUCUUGCCCACUUGGAGCUGAAGUAGCUCAUGAUUGUUCAAGCACCUAGUCGGUGGUUUUGAGUGAGCAGUUCAGAAGAAGAAAAAAAAAAAUAAA